AUGGCACCCAAGGUCUUUGUCAUCACUUACUCGGUCUACGGACACGUCAAUAAGCUUGCGUCCUCCGUCGUCAAGGGCCUCCAAAAGACCGGCGGCGUGCAAGUGUCGCAGUUCCAGUUUCCUGAAACCCUAAACAGCACUAUUCUGAAGGCCAUCCACGCGGCGCCCAAGCCCGACAUCCCCGAGAUCACCGUCGACAAGCUAGCCGAGGCCGACGGGAUUCUGUUUGGGUUCCCGACGCGCUAUGGCAACGCGCCGGCGCAGGUCCGCGCCUUCCUCGACUCGACCGGCGGGCUGUUCGCCAAGGCCUCGCUGUACGGCAAGGCCGGCGGGGUGUUCUUUUCGACCGCCUCGCAGCAUGGCGGGCAGGAGGUCACGGCGUCCUCGUUCAUGUCUAAUCUGGUGCACCAGGGGAUGGUGUAUGUGCCGAUUGGGUAUAAGAGCCCGCAUCUGUCGGAUCUGAGCGAGAUCGUCGGCGGGUCGGCGUGGGGCGCAGGCACGAUUGCUGCCAACGACGGGUCAAGGCAGCCCAGCGAGAAGGAGCUGGCGAUUGCCGAGUUCCAGGGCGAGGAGUUUGCAAAGGUCGUCAAGAAGCUGGCUGGAAAGUAG